CCCUUCCCGGCCACGGCGUGGGGCUGCAAACGGUUUGUCCCAGUGGCUUCUUACCUCCUCCCCGGUGGCUCGUGAUCAUGGGCCAGGAGCCGCGCACGCUGCCGCCCUCCCCCAACUGGUACUGCGCCCGCUGCAGCGAUGCGGUCCCCGGGGGCCUCUUCGGGUUCGCGGCGCGGACCUCCGUCUUCCUUGUCCGCGUGGGCCCGGGCGCAGGCGCGAUCCCUGGGACGCCCCCAUUUCGAGUCAUAGGGGAGCUGGUGGGACACACCGAGAGAGUCUCCGGCUUCACGUUUUCUCAUCAUCCGGGUCAAUACAACCUUUGUGCCACCAGCUCUGAUGAUGGGACUGUGAAAAUCUGGGACGUGGAGACAAAAGCAGUUGUGGCAGAACAUGCACUCCAUCAGCAUACAAUAUCAGCAUUGCAUUGGUCUCCUCGGGUAAAGGACCUAAUAGUAUCUGGAGAUGAAAAAGGAGUGGUUUUCUGUUACUGGCUUAACAGAAAUGACAGCCAGCACCUCUUUAUAGAACCCAGGACCAUUUUCUGCCUUACUUGCUCACCUCAUCAUGAAGACUUAGUAGCCAUUGGCUACAAGGAUGGCAUAGUGGUUAUAAUUGACAUCAGCAAGAAAGGAGAAGUUAUUCACAGACUUCGGGGCCAUGAUGAUGAGAUCCACUCCAUAGCCUGGUGUCCUCUGCCUGGGGAAGACUGUUUACCCAUAAAUCAAGAGGAAAAUUCAGAAGAACCUGAACUUCCUAAUGGGAAAGUUAUAGCACAAACUCCAGUAACAAAAGGCUGCUACUUAGCCACUGGAAGCAAAGAUCAGACCAUUCGAAUCUGGAGCUGCUCUCGAGGCCGAGGUGUGAUGACUUUGAAAUUGCCCUUUCUGAAGAGAAGAGGAGGGGUAGACCCAACUGUUAAGGAGCGCCUUUGGUUGACACUCCAUUGGCCCCGGGAUCAGCCAACACAGCUGGUAUCUAGCUGUUUUGGAGGUGAAUUGCUGCUGUGGGAUCUCACUCAGUCUUGGAGACGGAAAUAUACCCUCUUUAGUGCCUCAGCAGAAGGGCAGAAUCAUUCAAGAAUUGUGUUUAAUUUAUGUCCGUUGCAAACUGAGGAUGACAAACAGCUGCUGCUUUCCACAUCAAUGGACAGAGAUGUAAAAUGCUGGGACAUGGCCACCCUGGAGUGCUGCUGGACCCUGCCUUCCCUCGGUGGCUUUGCCUACAGCCUGGCUUUCUCUCCUGUGGACACAGGCUGUUUGGCCAUAGGCGUUGGAGAUGGCAUGAUCCGUGUAUGGAAUACAAUCUCCAUAAAGAACAACUAUGAUGUGAAAAAUUUUUGGCAGGGUGUCAAGUCCAAGGUUACAGCGCUGUGCUGGCACCCAACCAAGGAAGGCUGCUUAGCUUUUGGAACUGAUGACGGAAAAGUGGGAUUGUAUGACACCUACUCCAACAAACCUCCACAGAUUUCCAGCACAUACCAUAAGAAGACUGUGUAUAGUUUAGCCUGGGGGCCACCAAUACCUUCCCUGUCACUUGGAGGAGAAGGAGACAGACCUUCCCUUACUUUAUACAGCUGUGGAGGGGAGGGGCUUGUCUUACAGCAUAACCCCUGGAAGCUUAAUGGAGAGGCUUUUGACAUCAACAAACUCAUCAGAGACACCAAUUCAAUCAAAUACAAACUGCCUGUACACACAGAGAUCAGCUGGAAAGCAGAUGGCAAAAUCAUGGCUCUUGGCAAUGAAGACGGAUCAAUAGAAAUAUUUCAGGUUCCCAACUUGAAACUGAUCUGCACCAUCCAGCAGCAUCACAAGCUCGUGAAUACCAUCAGCUGGCAUCAUGAGCAUAGCAGCCAGCCAGAGCUGAGCUAUCUGAUGGCCUCCGGGUCCAACAAUGCCGUCAUUUAUGUGCACAACCUGAAGGCUGUCAUAGAGAGCAAUCCUGAAUCUCCAGUGACCAUUACAGAGCCCUACCGGACCCUCUCAGGGCACACAGCCAAGAUUACCAGUCUGGCGUGGAGCCCACACCACGAUGGAAGGCUGGUAUCUGCUUCCUAUGAUGGCACAGCUCAGGUGUGGGAUGCCCUCCAGGAAGAGCCUCUAUGCAAUUUCCGAGGACAUCGAGGUCGGCUGCUUUGCGUGGCGUGGUCCCCCUUGGAUCCAGACUGCAUCUACUCAGGAGCAGAUGACUUCUGUGUGUACAAAUGGCUCGCUUCCAUGCAAGAACAUUCCCGGCCUCCCCAAGGCAAGAAAAGUAUUGAAUUAGAGAAAAAAAGGCUCUCUCAACCUAAGCCAAAGCCCAAGAAGAAGAAAAAGCUCACCUCGCGAGUGUCUGUCAAGCAGGAGCUGUACGAUGGGAAUGAAGAAGAGAGCGUCAGGGAGAGUGCGGGGCCUGUUGAGAAUGGCAGCGUGUCCGACCAGGAGGGAGAAGAGGAAGCCCGAGAGCCAGAGUUACCCUGUGGUGUCGCCUCCGUAGUUUCUAGAGAACCAGUUAUAUGCCCUCCACUUUCCUUAGGCUUGGAAAAGCCAAAAGUCAUCGUUAAUAAUAAAGUCACUUCACUGAAAAAGGAACCACCUAAAGACAAGCCAGAAGCCUUAGUAAUCAAGAAGCGAAAAGCCCGUUCCAUGCUUCCACUGAGCACAAGCCUGGACCACAGGUCCAAAGAGGAGCUUCAUCAGGACUGUUUGGUACUAGCAACUGCAAAACACUUCAAAGAGCUAAAUGAGGACGUGUCUGCCGAUCUUGAGGAAAGAUUUCACCUGGGGCUGUUCACAGACAGGGCUACCCUGUACAGAAUGAUGGAGGUUGAAGGAAAGGGUCACUUGGAAAAUGGCCACCCUGAGUUAUAUCACCAGCUUAUGCUUUGGAAAGGAGACCUAAAAGGUGUUCUCCAGACUGCAGCAGACAGAGGGGAGCUGACAGACAAUCUCGUGGCUAUGGCGCCCGUGGCUGGCUACCAUGUGUGGCUGUGGGCUGUAGAAGCUUUUGCCAAACAGUUGUGUUUUCAGGAACAGUAUGUCAAGGCUGCCUCUCACCUACUUUCUAUUCACAAAGUGUAUGAAGCUGUGGAGCUGCUCAAGUCACACCAUUUCUACAGGGAGGCUAUUGCAGUUGCCAAGGCCCGACUGCGCCCUGAGGACCCGAUCCUGAAGGACCUGUACCUCAGCUGGGGAGCCAUCCUUGAAAAAGACGGUCAUUAUGCUGUAGCUGCUAAAUGCUAUUUAGGGGCCGCUUCCGCUUAUGAUGCAGCCAAAGUUUUGGCCAAAAAGGGGGAUGCAGCAUCGCUUAAAACGGCCGCAGAGGUGGCUUCCAUCGUGGGAGAGGAUGAGUUGUCUGCUUCCCUGGCUCUCAGAUGUGCCCAAGAGCUGCUUCUGGCCAGGAACUGGGUGGGAGCCCAGGAAGCCCUGCAGCUCCAUGAAAGUCUGAAGGGUCAGAGACUGGUGUUUUGCCUUCAUGAGCUGCUCUCUAAGCACCGGGAGGAAAGGCAGCUGUCAGAGGGCGAAAGCGCUUCCUCAUCUUACAACACCUGGUCCACCGGCAUCGCAGGGCCCCUCCCGGAGAGGGUGACCGCAGUAUGGAAGAGCGCCUUCAGCCUGGACACCCCCGAGCAGUACCAGGCAGCGCUGCAGCAGCUGCAGACGAUCAAGUACCCAUCUGCUACAAAUAACACUCCCUUCAAACAGCUCCUGCUUCACAUUUGCCAUGACCUGACUUUGGCAGUGCUGAGCCAGCAGGUGGCCUCCUGGGACAAGGCUGUGGAAGCUCUGCUUCGGGCUGUGGUCCGGAGCUACGACUCGGGGAACUUCACCGUCAUGCAGGAAGUGCACUCGGCCUUUCUUCCUGAGGGCUGUGAUCACCUAAGAGACAAGCUGGGUGACCAUCAGUCCCCUGCCACACCAGCUUUCAAAAGUUUGGAGGCCUUUUUUAUCUAUGGGCGUCUGUAUGAAUUCUGGUGGUCUCUCUCCAGGCCCUGCCCUGAAUCUAGUGUCUGGGUAAGGGCUGCUCAUAGAAGGACAACCUCUGUUGAACAAAGCCAGCAGUUGGAUGAUGCCGGCUCUGAAGAAACUGACACCCAAGCUCCUCAGCCAGAGCCAAGCAAGCCUCCAGAACUAGACAUGAGACUCACAGAGGAAAGUAAGCGAAUGCUGAACACUUGUAAGGAGCUUUUUUCAGAAAAGCACGCCAGUUUCCAAAACUCACAGAGAACUGUUGCUGAAGUUCAGGAGACCUUGGCAGAAAUGAUCCGCCGGCACCAGAAGAGUCAAUUCUGCAAACCCACAGCGAAUGGUCCUGAUAAAAAUGACCCUGAACAGGAAGCCCAACAGCCCCUCUCUAGUCCUCAGAGCCUGGGUAAAGAAGAGAAAAAUGAGCCACUUUCUCUACCUGAAUUAACCAAAAGGCUUACGGAGGCGAAUGAGAGAAUAGCUAAGUUUCCUGAGAGUGUUAAGACCUGGCCCUUCCCAGAUGUGCUGGAGUGCUGCCUGGUCCUGCUUCACAUCGGGUCCCAGUGUCCUGGCAGCGUGACCCAGGAAAUGCAGCAACAGGCCCAAGAGCUGCUUCAGAAAUACGGCAGCACUAAAGUUUACCAAAGACACUGCCAGACCUUCUGCACGUGAACUUUCAAGGACCUUUAAAAUAAAUUGCAUCAAAUUCAAAACGUCUUGACACCUUUCACCUCUGCCAGGCAUUUGCUCUGAUCCUUAGAUGUUUUUGCAGUGAUCCAAAUAAUACAAAACGAGGGUCAAGUUUGAAUCAACUCUACCCUUAAAAACAAUCUGACUUUGAAUUCAGUUGUGGUUUCCUACUAAAGGAUCAUCAAAAGCCAGCAGUUGUUAGAACACCUGCAAGAGUAACUGUUGGUCAUCUCUAAAGCCUUAUGUAGAUUUCAUCCAAAGAGGAGAAACUUUUAAUUGUCCAUGUGUUAUGUUCUUAUACACAAGCUACCUUUAUAAAUGCUUCCCCUGAUCAUAAACAGUGUCGUUCUUGUUUGAGAUA